AUGUGGUUUGGAUACCUACCACAACGCCCGGCUAUGGAUAAUCCCGCAACGUAUGUGAAAGGGAAACCGUUCAUAGAACAGGUGGUUGGGAUACUGACCACAACACCCGGCUAUGGAUAUUCUCACAAAGGUUAUCUCUCCACCGGAACACCGAUUCCCGAUGAUCAGCUCCUCUCCAGCUCCCGUUCUGGGUCGCGGAGACACGUCUACAGCGUUCCUUUAAAAUGUUGGUGUGGCCAAGGCCUCAAUACCUGGGUCUCUGAGACCAAAGAGAACCCUUACCGUAGAUUCUACAGAUGCAAAAUCGCUCUCCAGAACAAAUCAGAAGUUCAUCUGCUUAAAUGGAUUGACGAAGCAAUCCUACAUGAGGUUCGGAUUGUCGAUGCUAAGAGUUUGGAACUACUUCACGACUUCCAAGCACUUUCGAAAGAUUUCAAUGUCCAGCUUCAGUAUCAGAGGUCUUGGCUCUUCUCUAGGGAUGAAGAGAUGAUUCAGCAAAUCAAAGAAAAUUUGUUGCAGAUGUCGACAAUGUUGAAUGAAGAAACAAAGAAGAUGAAGGAAGACAUUGCUGCAAACCACAACUCUCACAACAACUCCAUCUUUACUACCAAUGGGCCUAUCACCAAAUUUUCUGUAGCUAUUGCAGUUCUCGGAGCUAUGUCUUCAAUUUAUUGGAAGCUUCUAUGA